AUGUUCAAGCUAAUUUUUUUUCAGCCUCCUGCAAAACCUCGCAGCUCUCCAAAAACAAAUCAGAACGAACGCAGAAUAACGGGAAGCGACCAACAUCCUCAAACUCCUACUACCCGUCUGGAUAUACAUGUGGCUCGCUCUUCCGAAAGGUUCGGAUUCAAGGAACCCCAUUCCAAUGGUCGCGAGAAGUCCAAUGGCCGCGAGAAGUCCAGGGAGGGACAGCCUAUGCGGAAGGAAACACGGUCCGGUGGUCGCAAAACGGUUGGACAGAAUGUGGGUCAGCGAGACACAGGUCAUGAGAGGGAGUCUGCGGGACGUGAUAGUGGUCACGAACGUGAUGAGUCUGAUGUCGAUGUUGACCGCGAUGAUUAUUUUGACAGUUAUACGCAGAUGGAUAGAGGCACCGACCAGGACACACACCAGCAAACGAACGAUACGGGCAACACAAUGGAUCUCGACGACAAUAUUGAUCCGCUUUUUCCUGACAAUGAAGCUCAAGGAGAUGAUGAAGUAGAUUUAGAUGGCGAGCCCACAAAUAAGGAGCCGGCUUACGAUGUUCUCGAGCGUCAUCAUGCAAAGAAUGGGCAGCGCAAAGCUCCUUCACCAACCCAUUUGUCAAAGGGAAAGGGAAAGGAGCGCGCACAUACUCUCGACUGCCCAGAAUACCCUCCACAACACCCAUCCCAACAUGUUCAUUCUAGAUCUCCUCGCCCAUGCUCUCCUCAACACACCAGGCGCUCGAGGUCCCCUCGUCGAUAUCCAUCAUCUGGAGGAGCUACUGCUUCUCCACGCCAACAAUCAUCUCAGCAAGUCAGAUAUGAACGCACUUCAUCCUCACGCAUGCAGUCUCCUCUUCGGGGUCCAUCUCGGCCAAUUACUUCCUCAAGUCGCAGUCACACAAAGCCCACCUCUCGUGGAUGCUCUCCAUCAUACACUCCAUCUGACCAUAUCCCGCCUGCGAGCCGUGAACACUCUUGUAGCUCACCCGAAGUUAGUCGCCGAUCUGGCAAUGGUAAACAAAAGGUGAAGACAAACCAGGAGAACCCCUCGAAGCUAGGAUUCUAUCCACCUACUUGGCAAGUAUUCCUGCAGACGGCGAAAUUAGAGAUGCGGUUGCAGGCCGUUCUAGCCCACCCAAUCCCAGAAUCCCAGAACGCCCUCAACCUUGCACGAGAAGUCUUGGAUACCGUGCUAUGGACAUACCACGAGAAGAAGAUUAAACUCGAGAGAGGUUACUUUCCGGAGUACGACUCACGGAUGUGCCGUCUGCUGUGCGAUGAUCUCUUCACGUUCCGCACAGAGCUCAAAAAGGUCGUCAUGUCUGUCGCAAAAAGGGUGUACGACAUCUUCCCACAGGGCUCGACAAUGUGA